AUGCAGCUCGACCCCAAGUACGACGACUAUGACUUCCCAGUCGUCGCCCCCGUCAAGCAGGACGGCCACCCCGGCCACUUGACGCCUGAGCAGGCCGAGAAGGUCAAGCAGCUGCGCGCCUCGCUGGAGCAGAAGGGCUACACCGAUCGCCUCGACACUCUCACGCUGCUGCGAUUCCUGCGCGCGCGCAAGUUCGAUCUUGUUGCCACCGAGACCAUGUUCGUCAACGCUGAGAAGUGGCGGAAAGACACCAAGCUGGACGAGCUCCUGCCUACGUGGGAAUACCCCGAGAAGGAGGCCAUAUUCAAGUACUACCCUCAGUACUACCACAAGACCGACAAUGACGGCCGACCAGUCUACAUCGAACAGCUGGGCAACGUCGACCUCACCGCCAUGAACAAGAUCACCACCUCGGAGCGCAUGCUGACCAACCUGGCGGUCGAGUACGAGCGCGUGGCGGACCCGCGGCUGCCCGCGUGCUCGCGCAAGGCCGGCCACCUCCUCGAGACGUGCUGCACAAUCAUGGACCUCAAGGGCGUGGGCCUGGGCAAGGCGCCCUCCGUGUACGGCUACCUCAAGGCGGCGUCCAACAUGAGCCAGAACUACUACCCUGAGCGCCUGGGCAAGCUGUUUGUCAUCAACUCCCCCUGGGGCUUCUCUACCGUCUGGUCCGUCGUCAAGGGCUGGAUCGACCCCGUCACUGUCCAGAAGAUCCACAUCCUCGGAAGCGGGUACCAGAAGGAGCUGCUGCAGCAUGUGCCCAAGGAGAGCCUCCCCAAGGCAUUUGGCGGCAGCUGCGAGUGUGAGGGCGGCUGCAUGUUCAGCGACCAGGGCCCGUGGACCGACCCUGCGUUUGCCAAGCCCCCCAAGUGGGAGAAGAAGGCGGGUGAUGCGACGAUCGAGACGAAGCAAGACGAUCCCGCGCCAGCGCCUGAGGUCGCCCCCGCGAAGGUGGAGGGGGAGGCUGCGCAAGCCCCCGUGGUGGCGGCCGAGGAGGAGGGCGCCAAGACCGAUGCGCCCGCUGCUGCAUAA